AUGGGCCAAGAAAGUUCCCCUCCAAUUCCGGAGGGCAUUUGCUCUCUUCUUGAUACCGAUUUGUACAAGUUGACAAUGCAAUGUGCCGUUCUGAAGUACUUCCCCGAUGUUUACGUGACGUAUGGGUUCACGAACCGUACUCCACACAUGAAGUUAACGCGCGGGGCCCACAAAUGGCUUCUGAAGCAAAUGGACAGACUUGCGAACAUUCGAAUCGCGGAAGAAGAGAUUAAAUUCCUAAGGACUCGAUGUCCAUACUUCAACGAUGCUUACCUGGAUUUCCUGACCACGUUCAAACUCAAACCUUCCGAACAGAUCGAAAUCAAGUUUACACCCGUGAAUGAUACCGGCAGUGACAGUGACACGGGUGAUGUCGAGUAUUUAGUCAAGGGUCUCUGGGUUGACACGAUUCUGUACGAGAUUCCGUUGUUAGCAUUGACGAGCGAGGCAUACUUUAUGUUCAGCGAUAAGGACUGGGAUUAUAGUUGCCAGGAGGAGAAGGCAUAUCGGAAAGGAUGCACACUGCUUGAGAAUGCCUGUAUUUUCUCCGAGUUCGGAUCGAGACGACGCCGUGAUUACCAUACUCAUGACCUGGUGAUGACUGGGCUGAUGAAGGCUGCUGAGGAGGGAAAGCGACAAGGGUGGAAGGGUAAAUUCACAGGGUCAAGCAACGUUCACUUUGCUAUGAAGUAUGGUGUCGACCCUGUCGGCACUGUGGCCCAUGAAUGGUACAUGACCAUUGCUGCCAUUACGGAUGAUUACGAGAAUGCCAACGAGUUGGCCCUGCGGUACUGGCUUGGCUGUUUUGGAAAAGGAGUUCUGGGUAUCGCCCUGACGGACACAUUCGGUACCCCCGCUUUUCUUGAUGCAUUCCGGAAGCCAAUUCCUGCAUUUACCUCCGCAGGAGUUGGUGCAGUCAGCACAUCGGCAUCUGGACCUGCCACAACUAGCGAGUCGACAGUUCAAAGUGAGGCGGACACCAAGGCCCCGAUCACUGCACCACUUCAUGACGGUGGAGCUCAGAUCUCCAAAGAAACUUAUGCUCAAGCCUAUACUGGUGUGCGUCAGGACUCCGGCGAUCCUGUAUACUUCGUAAAGAUGGUGCGGGAUUUCUACAAUAAGGAAGGCGUCACAGACAAGAAGACCAUGGUAUUCUCUGACUCUCUCAACAUCGAGCAUUGUCUUGAGUAUAAGGUGAUUGCGGAGGAAGCUGGAUUCCAGCCUGUCUUUGGUGUUGGUACAUUCUUUACCAACGACUUUACGAAUAAAUCAAAUGACGAAAAGUCUAAGCCGCUCAAUAUUGUCAUCAAGAUCGCUACGGCAAAUGGCCGCCCAGCUGUCAAGCUCAGUGACAACAUGGGUAAGAACACGGGAGACAAACAGAAAGUCCAGGAAGUGAAGAAGAAGCUCGGCUAUGUCGAACAUCAAUGGGAAGAAGGCGACGAGAGCAACCGUUGGUCUAAGCGCUAG